AUGGACUGGGCUUCACGCCAAAAUCCAGAUUCCAUGUUCUUAUUGGACCACAAUAUCGACUGGGAUCCUCCUUUUAUGGAUUCAACUUUCUUCGGAGGCAACUACAACACGGAUGAGCCAAUGGCGGCCGCUGGAAGCCAUAGCAUUUCAAUGCCGGGUUUUCCAAAUAUUGAAGAGGGUAUGGGUGACGGCAAUGACAUAUUCUCACCACAAUUUGACUUUGAUUUGUUUCUACAAACAAGCAAUAUUUUUCAACACGAGACAAUUGAGCCGAAUUUCGAGCCUGUUGGUGAGGACUAUACAGCAUUAGACACUGAGACAACUCCAAGCGCCUGGAGUUCCAGCAAUACAGCUCUUUCACCAACAGACAAAUUUCUCUCGGGAUCCCCCCCUACUUUCCUGAACUGCCAGCUGCCAGGAAUGUCAUCCCACAAUGAAGGUCAACCGGAGAGUCUUGGUCGGUACAUGCCAAUAACUCCGAUGAAUCCCCCAAGGAACCCUACAGAUGUCCAAAAACCAAGACGACGCAAACGAAAAGAUUUAGAGAUGCUAAAAAGAGACGAAAGAAAACUGAGCAAGCCAGAGAAGUGCCAUAUAUGCGGAUUAGGUCAUGAUUGGAAAAGAGAUUUGGAUCGUCACAUGGUAUCGAAUCACCGAAAAGAGGCGGAGAGAAUGGGACUUGAUGUUUUGAAAGUAUCGUGCAAAUUUUGUGGGCUUGAAUUUGAUAGCAUUCGCCGCGAUCGUUUACGUAGGCAUAUGAAAAGAAUACACCCAAAUUCUCUCUAA